UUUGGUCACUUUCCCCUGUGCUCAAGAUCACGGUACGCUCUGUUGUGCUGCUUUUGUGUCAAUUUAAGCAACAAUAAUAAUAAUCUGGUUGGCGAAUCUAGUGGUAUAGCCUACAUGACAGUCAGUAACGAACAUUAUACAUUAAAACGAGCGCGACUACAGAGGAUCAAAAACGUUUUUUUUUACAAAUUCUUUUUAAAAUUCCGUAGAUAUAUUUUUUAGCUCUACCAGUACCAGUAUAGAGUAAACUGAACAGAGAGAGAGAGAGAGAGAGCAAGCUACGCAAAGCAAAGGCAAAAGGAAAAUCGAUGUCGCUUUAGAUCAACACAUUUCCUUCGUUUGCAAGCGCACUCACUCAUGGAAUGGUAGGUAGAUUUGUGGCUUUUAAGAAGCACAUUUUUCAGGAACUGGGGUUCGGAAAUCUGUGGUUAUCAUUUAUCCAGCAAUGGGCAAAUCACCAGGAAGAUGGAUCAAGACUGUACUCUUCGGAAAGAAGUCUUCCAAAUCUAAUACUGCUAAAGCGAGGGAGAGAACUGCGAAUGAGAAAGAUCUAUUGGUUGCUGCCAAGGCAUCAGGGGGUGAUGCAAUUUCAGCUCCUCUUGUGAUCUCACAUCCAACCCCUGUUGCUACAGUUCGCUCUGAAAGACAGUUAGAACUUGAGAACCGGGAGACUGUAGACUUACCAAAUAAUGGGGGAAUAUCAUUACCAGGAAAUCAAGAAGCAAAUUCAAAUGUACAAGAGCUUAUGCUCGAAACUGCUUUAACUGAUGCUGAGAAAAUAAGGCAAGAGGAAGCUGCAACACUGGCACAAGCUGCGUUUAGGGGUUACCUGGCUCGUCGGGCAUUUCGGGCCCUUAAAGGCAUAAUAAGGCUCCAGGCGCUUAUCCGUGGGCACUUGGUCAGGAGACAAGCUGUGGCCACUUUAUGCUGUGUGCUGGGAAUUGUCAAGCUGCAGGCACUUGCUCGAGGAGUAGAAGUUAGGAAUACAAAUAUUGGGCGGGAAAUUCUUAAAAGAUGCAGCACACUGAAGCCUCUGGAAAGCAAGUUGGGGGAGUAUGAUGGAGCUAAUGUUUCUAUCCAGAGGGCAAGGCUAUCAGCAAAUUUUUUGGUUCGCAAGCUUGUGGCUUCCUCACCUACUGUGAUGCCUUUGCGCCUCUAUUAUGAUCCAACGGAACCAAAUUCAGUUUUGAACUGGUUAGAACGUUGGUCAGCAUCUCGCUUCUGGAAACCAAUUCCCCAACCAAAGAAAAUUCCUUACUCAAAACCUCAGAGAAAGCAGGGUAAUGGUCUAAUAUCAGAAGCUGAAACUGGCCGGCCAAGGCGCAGUGUUCGGAGGAUCCCUGCUGCAAAUAUUGAUAAUACGUCAGUACAAGCCACUGAAAAUGAGAAACCCAAGCGUAAUCUUAGAAAGGUAUCAAAUCAUCCAGCUGAUACAGUGCAGGAAGAUCCACAAAAUGAACUUGAAAAGGUAAAACGUAAUUUGAGAAAAGUUCACAACCCUGUAGUAGAAAACACUGCUCAGUCAGAGGUUGAAUUUGAGAAGCCAAAACAGAGUAUGGAAAAGGUAUCAGGUGCUUCUGGUGAUCACCAUUUGGGACAGAAUAUGAACAAUCCAGGGGAUAAGAUAAAGAAAGAGACAACUGUGACAACACCCAAACUACCUGAAGUGGUGAAGACUGAGCCAACCUUGACAGCGUUGAAAGUGCCUGAUGUAGAAACCACUCUGAAUACAUUGGAAAUGAAUGAAACACCAGAAUUAAAUUGUGAUCUAACAGUGGUUGAAUCGAAGCCUUCAGUCGAGAGUGGUGAUAAAGAUGAGAAUACUCUUGUUACAAAUGGGGAGUUGAACCAUAAGGAAGAUCCAUCGAGCAACGAGAAUCAUAAAAUCAGCAAAAAAGCUUCGAAUCUAGUAAAGCAAGAACGUGCAGAGAAUGGAUUACAGAGUAGUCCAGCACUUCCAAGCUAUAUGGCAGCAACAGAAUCUGCAAAGGCAAAGUUGAGAGCACAAGGUUCCCCAAGGUUUAGCCAAGAUGGGGCCGAGAAAAAUACCCCUGCCCGACGCCAUUCUCUUCCAUCAAAUAGCAAAAUCAGCUCACAGUCACCAAGGACACGAACAGUUCAUUCUGGUGGCAAAGGAGGGAGUAAAAGUGACAGAUUAUCAUCAAAAGAAGGAAAUGCAAAACCGAUCCAGGCUGAAUGGAGAAGGUGAUGUUUCGGAGCCUCUGCGUUUCAAGGAAUUAGCACUGAAAAUAACUGAGUUCUGAUUUCAUCUGCAGUUUUUGUUUUUGUUUCUGUGGUGUAAGAUUAUGUUGUAAAACUAAGAACUUGGUCUAUAGUUGGAGGGGCGCGUGGGUUCCCGAAUCUUCUAGAUUUUCCUCCCUGCAGUGGAUAUCCGUUUGUGAGUGAAUGUACAUCAUAGGUUUUGAAUAUUUGUUGUGCGACUACAAUCACAUGAGUUCUAAAAUUUGUUUGGUUUUGGCAUGAUAUUUGGCUGGUCGCAUUGUAAUUAAACACUACUCAUUUUAAUUUACCUUACUUAUCGAA